AUGGGAAUAUCUUCGGGAACUUCUACAAGAGUGAUCUCGCCCAAGUUUGAAUACCUGCCCGGCAAUCCUGACAUCAACAAAUUUUCCAUCUCCCCCGUGUCCCUUGCCACGGCUGGAAUCAACAUUGUGGUCCCUGUUUUUGCUCGGGACACCUUUGGAAAUCUCAUCUCCUCUAGCGUGCAUGCUGACUACUCGCUCUCUGUAGCGCGAGGUGGGGUCACGCAGGCCGUCAUCUCCUCCGAGAGUACAGCAGGAGGGCAAAUGGGCGUCUCGUUUCUGCUUACCCUUGCAGCACAGUACAGCGUGCUUAUCAUGGGCAACGGGACGGAGCUGCAAGGAACUCCAUUCAGCAUCUCCGUCAUCCCCGCGAUAAUCAGCGGGCAGCAAUGCAUCGUUACCGGGACUGCGCUGACCUCCACGAUGGCGGGAAAGCAGGCAGGGAUGGUGAUUCAGGCUGUCGAUCAGUAUGGGAACCAGAGAACAGACGGAGGAGUCAACUUCUUCUUCGCAGCUGAGGGCCCGCUGGAGAGGGCAACGAGCAACCGAGCCCAAUGCAGUGACAGUUCUGCCGGCUCCUGCGGCAUCACCCGCCAGCAGACAGCAGGUUCGUGCUCUGUCACCUUUACGCUCACCAUCGCUGGGACGUACUCUGUCUCCCUCAACCUUGUCGGCGAUUACACCGGAGGGAGCACAAUCGGCUCUAGCCCGUACAACAUCACCAUCCAGCCCAACACAGACACGCUUCCAGGCUUCGUUGCCGUCGACCCCAUCACGGCCUCGUCUCUUGCUGGGGUUCCUUUGAACUUGAAUCUGCACGAGUCAGAUCAGUACGGCAACGAGAGGAACUGUACUUCGAUCAGACUCAACGGAUUCUCUUUCACUUCACCGACCUCAGGCUCGUCGUUCUCCGCCUCCACCGCCUUCGUCGGCACCUCCGAUCAAGUCUGUGUCGUCUCUCUGUCGAUGACCAACGCUGGAAGCUACGCACCACUGCUGAGCAUCCUCGGACAGUCGAUCGCCUCAACCAAGAUCAACAUCUCCAUCUUUGCUGGUCCCAUCGGCAACGUCUACACCAGUGUGGUGAACAAGCUGAGCUCGGGCGAGAGUUUCGAUGCCAGCCAAGGGUUCGUGGACGCCAUGGUGAACGGAGACUUCGUUCCCCAGCAGUACACCAAUCGGUACGGUAACGUUCUCAAGAGAGGAGGGUUUGCCGCAAACAUCUCCGUCAACGUCAGCUCGCAGAUGUUUCCGUACUCAAUAAGGGGAAGCGUUGCUGAUCUUGAAGAUGGCUAUUACAUGGUGUCAUAUACAACAACUGUCUCUGGCGGAUACCAGAUAUUCAUCGAUGUGGACGGCAACAGCAUCAAGAACACUCCUUUCCAGGCCCUCAUCCUCAGUGGGGCGAUAGAAAGCUCUCAGUGCUACGCCUGCUUGCUCGACUCCACUGGCUGCAGGCGAGGGCAGCGAGGGGACCGGGAUGCGACCUGUACCAGAAGUCUGAAAGCUGUCGGAGAGGAGGUUCUGCUGUGUGCUGAAGCUUCGCAAGUCACUCCUGCUUCACUCUAUGUGAGGUUGGCAGACAGGUUCGGAAACGACAUCACAGACAAGAGGGAACUCAAUCUGAUCAGAUACUCCGUCUCCUUUUCUUCCUCCUCUGUCCAACCCAAGGUCUUCAACAAUAUCCUCUGCUUCCUCGACGGAGCAGGCUGUUCCUCUGCCACCUUGCUGGACGCCACCAACAUAGACAGCCUGGGAGGAUUCAUCGGCCAGUCUGCGAACUGGCUGUACCCAGUCUCCUUCGUCGGCUCAGUGAGCGGCAGCUACUCCCUUGAAAUCCUCCUCGGAUCCAAGAACGCGUCCGGUCAGGCUCACUUCAGCAGCAUUUCUCAGUCCGUCGUCAGGGCGGAGGUCCUUCCGUCCUCCCCUUGCUCCUCCUACUCGGUUGCAGCUGGGAGCUCCCUCUCCCUCUCCACUGCUGGGCAUCAGUCGACCUUCCUCAUCCUGACAAGAGAUGCAUUCAACAAUGAUCGCGUGGGCAUCGUGAAAGCUCUGGACGCUGAGAUCAGCUUGUUCGACUUUUCUCUGCUCGGCCCUUCUCCGGAUGCUCAGACUCUCAUGACUCCUGGGCAAUCUGCUCCCUUCAUCAUCGGACAGGUUAAGAACGAGUCAGGGGGUCUUUUCUCCGCUUCGUUCUCCUCGACCAUUGCAGGAACGUACUCUCUCCGCCUCAAGCUUGGCGGCCAACAUCUGGUCAAUAGUCCCUUCACCCUGCAAGUCAACCCAGCUCCCGCCAGCCCCAACUCCAGUAGAGUCGUGUCCUCCCUCCAGCUGACAGUCGUCAGCGGGAAGUUUGCGCCUUUCCUCGUGCAGGCUUACGACCCUUUCGGCAACCGUAUCUUCACAUCAGACGACCAGUUCACAGGGGCCAUGCCAGACCAGCUCAACGCGCAUGUGGAGGUUCAACCCCUGACGCAGGGGCAGCAUAACGUCUCCUUCCUCAUGACUCAAGCAGGGCAAUACGUCGCGCACGUUCGUCUUCAGGGCCAGGACAUUCUUGACAGCCCCGUCAGCUUCAUCGUGGUGGCGGGCCCAGCAGCAUCGCAGACAAGCAUCGUCAACAGCACAGACAUCCUUGCCCUUGGCACUGUAGGAGAACACUGGAGGUUUAAGAUCCACGGCUUUGAUAAGUUCUCGAACCUGCGCACUACGGGUGACGACCCCUUCUCCGUCCUCGUCUACUCACCCAUCUGGGCUGACUGCAGCAACUGCUCCAAUUGCUCCCUCCCUGACGGGUCGACGAUCAGCCGAUCGGACUGCCUCUCUUCCCCUCCUCGCAACGGCGUCUGCUCGCCUUGCCCAAGUAGGCUUGCAGCUGUCGUCGACCUUUCCAUCCCUUCCUCUUGCUCCCAGGUCCUCCCCCUCCUCGGAGACUUCGGCUGCAAGGGAGGAACGUACCUCGCCGACUUCGUCCCUACCAAGUCAGGGACGUACGCCGUGACUGCGUUCCUCAGCGGAGCUUCGGUAUCGCCUGUCAUGUUCACCUUCACUGUCUUCCCCGGCGUUCCAGACCCUGCCUUCUCCAAGGUGGAGCCAGACGGGAAGUCGCUGACGCUGAUCACGGCUGGAGUCCAGCACAGCUUCCUGAUCAAAAGCUUCGACAGGUUCAUGAACUCCGUCCAGUACUCCCUAAGCAGCUCCUUCCUCCUUAGUGUGACUCCUUUCCUGUCGUCUCAAGUGCUCCUCGCCUCGUCGACAUACGAAGACCUGGGCUCGGGGCUCUUCCGGCAGACCUUCCUCCUGUCGAUCUCGGGGAGUUACAAAGUGAACGUCUUCCUUGACAGCAAGGCUGUCGUUGGCUCCCCCUUCAACGUCACCGUCAUCUCAGCUGGAGUGAACGCCUCCAACAGCAUCCCUAGGGGACUUGGCUUCACCCUGGCCACCGCAGGGAUGGCAGGGAGCUUCUUCAUUCAGACCAGAGACUCGUUUGGGAAUUGGAAGACAGCAGCCUCGGCCGGCAACUGGCAGAUCAGCGUCCUACGCUCGUGCGCGGGGCAAGAGGCGACCACGUUCGUCCCUGUUGUCAACGACCUGCAGGAUGGAACGUACGCCGUAGUCUACACCAUCACAGUCAGCGGGAGGUACUGCCUAGUUGGCUCCGACGGCAGCACUCAGCUUUCUGGAACUCCGUCGGAGCUGACGGUCCUCCCUGGUUCAGCUUCUCCGCACUAUGCAGCGCCUUCCGGUUCCGCUCUGUCAUCGACUACCGUCGGAGUAGUCUCGUCCUUCCUCAUCCAGUCUGCUGACAUGUUCGGGAACGUCAAGACGAGAGGAGGAGACGUCUACCAGGUCGAGCUCAAGGGAGGCUGGCGAGUAGCAGCCGACAGCUCUGUGGCGCAGGAAGUGACAGUGACGGGGGAGGUCGAGGAUAAGGCGGACGGGAGUUACGUGGCCCGGUACCUGACCACCCGCUCGGGAUCGUUCGCAGUACACAUCUUCCUCCUCUCGGGCACCGCGGGAGCGAGAGAAGAGAUCGACGGGAGCCCUAGAAACAUCUCUGUGCUCCCUGGACAGCUCGAUAUCUCCCACACGGCUGUCUUCUCCUUCAACGUCGUCAACCCCGCGUUGGCAAGAACCUUAUGCAGAUCCUUGCUCAUCGGGGGAGGUCCUUGGAUCCCAGGGAAAGUUUACAACUCCUCUUCAGUUGGGGUGAUAACUGGCGAGCUGUUCGUGACGCAAGCAGGGCUGUACCGCGUCCUCCUCUCCUCCGCGAACGUCAGCGCAGCGGGCUUCCCGCUCAACAUCUCUUUCCUCCCCGGCGAUCCUACAGUGUCCAACUUCUUCCCGACCUUCCCGGAGCAUGUCGUCUGCACACACCCACAGGGAUGCAACAGGACGCGGCGGGUUGCGACAGCAGGAGAGAACAGCGCGUUCAUGGUGACCUCGGUCGAUGAGUUCGGCAACAUGGGAGAUAUGCUAGCUCCUCCGCUCCUCCUCACGUACGCAGACAGUUACAGUCCCUCCAUCCUCUACAGGAGCGACAAGUCGGUGGAAGGCGUGUCUACAAUCUUAGUCAACAUCACCAAGAAAGGGACGUACAACCUGACAGUCGUCGACCUGCAAGGCACCAGCAUCCGCCUCUCUCCCUUCCUCUUCUCUGUCGUCCCCGCAGAUCUCUUCCCUCCUCUCUGCACGGCCGUAGGGAACGGCAUCACCGUCGGGAGGCUGGAGUUGACGCGACUUUCACGAUCAUAG